CGCGGGUGUGCUACAUGCACUUCGGGCGCCGUUUCUGAUAUUUUAGCCACACAAGAUGAAAGCCGUAGGCUUUCUCACGUUUACAAUCGUGGCACUUACUGCUCACGUCGUGACUGCCGCACGCCGACCCUACUAUCGUUAUCCCAGUUGCGAUGACAUAAUUCCAACCGCGUCCUUACAGCGAAGCUGCCUUUAUUUAUGCUUAAACUAUGAAGGCCGUCUACAGUACGGAAAUCACAAAGAUGGAAUGCCCUGCAAGUUGAGCUGGAUGAAUAACAAGAUAGGCAGAUGUCUGAAUGGGAUUUGCAGAGAGGCUCUAUAUCCUGGUCCGGUGAGCUGUGAUGGCAAGUACCGUGCAAGAGGAUACGCGACCGAAUGCACAUUCGAAUGCCCUAAUGACUACAGUGGGCAACGCAUGGCUUACGAAGAUGGCACACCUUGUCUAACAUUAAACAACCAUGGAAGACCCUACGGAGGAGCUGGAAUAUGCAAGAAUGGCAGAUGCCUACAGGGUAGCGAUAUAAGUCUGCUGGAAGAGAAGAAAGCACAUCCACUCCAAUUGAGAAAAUGCAAGGACAAGGAAAAUACCUCGAAAAUGGUUCUGUGGUCUUGUUAUUAUUAUUGCUACACGGGCGAUGGUUGGUCUUAUGGUUUCUACAACAGCAACUACUCCAGCUCAUGCCACCUUCCGAAUCCGCCCAUGCCGGAACGACUUGGAUGGUGCUGUGAAGGCGAUUGUAUCCUGCAGGCGCUUUGUGAAAGAAACUCAAUUGCUUAGAAAACCCAUCCUUUGAUGAUACGGAGUGCAAAGAAAUAAAGUUUGCCCUUAUAACAUAGGAAAAAAACAUAAUCGCGAGAUUUCCAACUGAGAUCAGUUUUAACCUUAUUGGCGGUUGAAGUCAUUGGGUCCUCAAUAAAAAAAGAAACAAGCAAA